AAAAGAAGGAGACCGUGACGUCAGUGGGAAGCGCCGAACUCCAGUUUCCAAAGUUGAGAGUGAUGCUAAGGUUAGCCGAUGGACGGCAGUGAGUCUCUGUCCUCAUUAACGGCGCACAGAUGGAUGACAUCAAUGUUUUACACCACAGAUGCCUUCUCAAUUUGAGGCGUAGAAUUCGAGACAUAGGAGAUGGUCACCCAGCACAGGAUCGAUGCAUGAGGUUGCAGAAGGAUGGGGACACACUUAGUUACCAAGGGAACUCCGAGGAAGUGGGUUGCUAUGUGGCUGGCCAUCCUUUAUCAAAGGGAAAUUGCUACUUUGAGGUAACAAUAGUGGACACAGGAGUGAGGGGAACCAUCGCGGUGGGCCUGGUGCCUAAAUUCUACAGGCUGGACCACCAGCCUGGCUGGCUGCCAUACUCUGUAGCUUACCAUGCUGACAACGGCAAGUUGUAUAAUGGUAACCCUGUUGGAAAGCAGUUUGGGCCAAAAUGCGCUCGUGGUGACCGCAUUGGCUGCGGCAUACACUCGGAAAACACAGAAGCUGGUCUUACUACUGUCUUCUUCACCAAAAAUGGCAGAGAGGUGGGUUCAAUAGAGGUUCCUGUGUCGUCUGAGGGCCUUUACCCAGCUGUAGGUAUGCACUCCAUGGGGGAGGAGGUGAAGGUUGACCUGCGGGCGGAGUGGCUCUUAGAGGAGGAUGAUACCAUGAUGAUGGUUGACAGCCAUGAAGAUGACUGGGGACGACUCCAUGACGUCAGAGUCAGCGGCAUGCUCCUGGAAUAUGUUGGCAAAGGAAAGAGCAUCAUGGACGUUGGUUUGGCUCAGGCCCGCCAGCCGCUCACCACCCGCUGCCACUACUAUGAAGUGGAGAUAGUUGAUGCUGGGGAGAAGUGCUACAUCGCCUUGGGCUUGGCAAGAAGGGAUUAUCCCAAGAACAGACACCCUGGGUGGAGCCGGGGGUCCGUCGCCUAUCAUGCAGAUGAUGGGAAGAUCUUCUACGGCAUCGGAGUUGGAGACGCUUUUGGGCCCCGCUGCUUCAAAGGGGACAUCAUGGGGUGCGGCAUCAUGUUCCCACGUGAUUACAGCCUGGACGGAGACGGUUCAGUUGACGUGGAAGACUUGGGUCAGCUGGAGGGCCUACCCAGUCAAGAUGGCGUUCAGAACGUUCUGUAUCUUAAUGGUGAAGACGAGGAAGAGGAAGAGGAGGAAGGGGACGAAGUCGUUCAGGAACAGCAGGGAAGGAAGGUGACGGUGUUUUUCACCAGGAACGGGAAGCUGAUGGGUCGACGGGAGAUGGCGGUCCCCCCUGGGGGUCUGUACCCCACCGUGGGGAUGCUGAGCAGCGGUGAGAAAGUCAAGGUGGACCUGCAUCCUCUCAGCGGAUGAACCGAGAGGCCGUAGGCUAGAGCACGCACCAUCCAGCUGCACACACGCACGUCUUCCUCUGCACUGCACCGGAUUUUAUUUAUGAAACUAGUCAUCGCAGUAAGAACAGACUACAAGCUCUGGCAGCAACGGUUACUUCUAUGCAAUCUGCUCUGCUACCAUCCUCCUUCUGCAUGCACUUUGUCUCCGAAACACUGAGCUGGUAAAUGCCCUCAUCCAGUCUCGCUUUUUUUCCAUUUGUCACGACCCCGAGCAAAGCGGAGAGAGGCCAACGUCAGUUUGUUUCAGGGAACAGGACUCCCUCCCUCUGGGCGAUCAGGGACCUCACAUGCUGCUCUCCCAGAGCCAGACGUGGAGCUCUGUUUCCUCAAAGCUGCAGAGUCCUCCUUAAAUCAGUUUUGCGAAACAAUCCAAGCGUUUGGCAUGUCUGCUGAGAAGCGCCGUGUCGGAUAUUUUUUCCAAGAGCUCAAUUUGCAGCCAAAAUCCAAAUAAAAACGGGUCAGCAAACAUUUUAUACAUGCCAUCUUUGAAAAACAAAUAUUUAAGUUUAUCUCAUUCAGGGAAUAUUUGUGUGUUUUAGCACUUUAAUAAGAUAAACUUUGGCUUUACAUUCUGGAUCCAAACUGUGAGUAAAGGUAGAAACUUUAAUAACCAGUCCAAUAUUGACUGAUCAAUUUAUGCAAUCCACAAAAAAAGUGUAAAUAAAUGACUUAAUGUUUGGAAGAAAUAUUUAAAUCUGCUCAGUUUUAUCUCCAACUCAAGUCCUGAGAAUUGUUAUCCACCAACCUGUAGAUGACCAUUCAACUCUGCAGGGGCCUGAUAACAACACAUUCAUGUACUUUAGGUGUUUUGGAGAAGGAAUGCAUCUAAACGUUGCAGGAUCGUAACUCUCAGGACUGGAUUAAAACACCCAGCUUAAUGUGAAAAAGAUGCUGCAUAUUUUCAUGCAGAUGUUUGUUGUUGCAUGCUCAUUGGUCCCCUGCAUUUCACUGAAGGGUGGCAAGAACAAUUCUGCAUCACAAAGUUCAGGCUGAUAUUUCUCUUUAAAUGUUGCCAGAUUUCUACAUUGAGCUGCAGAGUUGAGUCUGUUUUGUUUCUCAAAUGAUUAGAGUUUGACGAAACAAGACGGGUCGGCGAUAUUAAAGUUUAUUAAUUAACAAACAAGAGUCUCAGUAGAAAACUCCUGGUAACUCCUCAUGCUGAUCACAAGAUUGGUCGCACUCUGAUGCCCAAAACUAUUAAUAUCCUGGCAGAUUUAGGUACAAAACUAUUUUCAAGUGGCACAGGCAUCUCUCAAAAAAUAAUAGGAUAAUGUAUACGUGUGUCAUAAAUAUAUAUAUAUUUAUAUUUUAAAGCUUCAAUAUGUAACUUGUUGAAACUGUUACUAUGUUGUAACAGCAUCACACGAGACAGAUAAUCUGUAAGAAAUUGAUCUCAUUUGUCUUGUUAAUUAGAAACAACCAAUCAGAGCCAGGAGGCGGGUCUUAGCGCUGUCAAUCAUCUUCCCUGUGGCACUGCUAGCAGCAGGCAGAGCCUUUUGUGAAUGCUAAAGCUAGUUAACAUGGCAGAUAAAUGGUUUUUCUGUAAUGGUGGGUUGGGUUUAGCAGCGAGUACAUGAAGUUGAUUAGCAGUGCUAAGACCCUCCUCUUUGCUCUGAUUGGCUGCUUUUGGUCAGGAGCGAAUCAUUUCUUAAGACAGUUAGCUCAGGGAAGAGGUGAAUCUUUUUACAGAUUAUUUGUCUCAUGCUGUCACAACAUGGUUUUAACAAAAAUGUAAAAAAAAAUUUAAAUGAAAGUUACAGCUGCUGCAGCUUUAAUUAAAAAAAAUCACUCAGUCAGAUUAUUUCCAUCCAGAAGAAACAGAAGCUACUUUAAACCUUAAUCACUUCACAAAUUCACCCAACAGAAACAUUACGAAAUCAAUCAGAUAAAUGGUUAGUAAAGGCAGUGAGGCAUCCUGGGUCGUAGGAAUCAAACCGCAUCAGCAGCGUGAGGUGAACUGAGGACGGGCUUUCUGGUUCUGAGACAUUUAAAAGACUCUGCCGACCCGAUUGCUUCAGGCAGCUUCAGGCAAAGUUCAGCGGCUGCAGCCACAGUCGACCCGCGAGUCGGAGAACGGCGAACCGCACUCAAAAAAUCAGUUCUGAGUGGAAAAAUCUCCCAUAAUGUGGUUAAUUCUAACAUCAGGUUCUGCUGGGCCGACCUGAACGCUGUGAUGCAGAAUCCAACAUCAACAAAAGCUUUGUGAUGAGUCUGGUGGAGCUGGUUUCCACAUAACUUUAAAGAACCUGAAAAUAAUCGAAUC